AUAUUUGCAGAAACCAUAACAUAACCUUAGUUUGAACGGAAAGUUCAAAGACUUUUUUAAGUGUUUUUUUAAAACUCUUUAGAUUUCAAUUUAUAUUACAUAGAAAAUUCCAAUUAGUAAUCCUUGCUAUUAUUUAAUUUUUUUUCUUAUUUAAUAUCAAGUUUAUUGGUAGAGAUUUAAUGGCUCCUAAAAGGAAAGCGUCCCCUGCAAUAUCGUCGGAGAAGGUGCAAGGUGUUCAGAAAGCCAAAAGAACCAAAUUUACUGUUAAUGAUAUAAAACUGCCUGGGCUGGCAGCCAAAGGAGUAGUUCUAGUAACAGGGGCGGGUGAUGUUGGGCAACUUGGUUUAGGUCCUGAUGUUCUUGAAAAAUCAAGAGUAGCCCUAGUUAACCUCGAUCAGGAAAUUGUAGAUAUCUAUGCAGGUGGUAUGCACACAGUGUGUUUAACCAGUGAUGGUAAACUAUUAACUUUUGGUUGUAAUGAUGAGGGGGCUUUGGGGCGAGUAACAGAAGGAAAAGAGGAUGCAGAAUUUAUUGCUGGGGAAGUAGAAUUACCUGGAAAAGUAAUCCAGGUGACUGCUGGAGAUUCACACACUGCUGCCCUGUUGGAAGAUGGAAGGGUGUUUGCAUGGGGUACAUUUAGGGAUUCUCAUGGAAACAUGGGCAUGACUGUGGAAGGUAACCAAAGGCUGCCUUAUGAAAUAAUAAAAGACCGGAAAAUAGUCAAAAUAGCAUCUGGUGCCGACCACAUUGUAUUUUUGACCAGCCAUGGAGAGAUUCUAACUUGUGGUUGUGCCGAACAGGGUCAACUUGGACGAAUUACAAAAAGGGGGAGUGACAGAAAUGCACGUGUUGGGAUUGGUAAGGGAAUUAUAGGCAAGUUUUUACAUCCUGAGGCAAUAACUUUAAAAGCUAGGUCAAGGCUGCAUUUUGACAAUAUUUGGGCCGGGACAUACUGCACUUUUGCUUGUGUCGCAAGUACCAAUGAUGUUUAUGUUUUUGGAUUAAACAAUUUUAAUCAAAUAGGUUUGGAUCUAACUGAACCUGUUUAUUUUCCUACUAAAAGUCGCGACUUUUCACAGUACGAAUGGGAGCAUAUUUCUGGUGGUCAGCAUCAUACUUUGGCUCUAUCCAAGGAUGGUAAAGUGUAUGCCAUUGGAAGGAAAGAGUAUGGAAGAUUGGGACUAGGGGAAAACUGCGAGGAUGCUAAAGUUUUAACGGAAAUCAAGUCCUUAUCAAAUGAGAAAAUAAUAAACGUAGCAUGUGGAUCUUCCACUUCGUUUGCAGUGUCUAAAGCAGGAAUAUUGUAUGCUUGGGGAAUGGGAACAAACGGACAACUAGGCCUAGGCGAAGAAGAGGAUUGCUAUGUACCUACACAAGUGAAAGGAAAGCAAUUGAAUGACCGCAAAGCUAUACGGGUAUCAAGCGGAGGACAACACACCGUAAUAUUAUGCGUGACGGAGAAUAAUAACAAAAAAGCGAACGGGGAUAGUUAGUAGAGCUUACUGUUGCGGGUGCCCAAAAACGACUUAACUCUGUUGUGUUACUUUAUGACUGAUAUAAAUAAAUAUUGAUUCUUUCGUAUUGUAAAACAAAUCGAAAUUGGAAAAAAAUCUUUGGCCUUGAAGUCUUUAUACUACUUAAUGAAGUCAAACAGAAAUUUUAUUGUUUUUACCUUUAUAUUGCCUUAAGGUAUUCUCUAAAUUAAAACUUUUUAUUUAACAAAAUUUGGAUUGAUAUGACUCCUCAAUUCUAAAUUGUCUGUAGUAGUUGGUCAUUCCUGAAAUAAAGAGUUAAUUUGA